AAAAACAUAAACAUAAACAAAAAAGCCACGAAUUCAUAAGUUUCAGCUAAAUGGUUACCAAAACCUUUGAUUUCAACAGCACCAACACUCUCAAAUGGCAAUUCGAAACCUCUGCAACAUCUCCAGGUUCUUCUCAAUUCGUCACUCUUCAUGCUCCACCCUUUUUCUCUCUCUUUCCAACACCCCUCCUUCAAGUUCAAGCUCACCCCUUUUUACACCCUACACGUCAAGUAAUUUGCUUUUCUCAAUUGGGUGUUCUACUCUAUGCUCCCCCAAACACCCUUUUGCGAGUUCUUCCAGUUUUCGCUAUGAUAUUGAUUAUGGGCGCAUGCAUAUGUAUUUUUGUUCGUAUACGAAUACUCCUUACAGGUGUAGACCCCUUGCUACUUCAGAGCAAGUUUCUCAAAUCAUUGCAUUGAUUCGCGAGGGCAUGGAUGAUUUCGGGUCCAAGUUGAAUAGUAUGAACGUGUCUUUGUCUUAUGCAUCAAUUGUUGACAUUUUUCAGAUAUUAGCACGUGAGAGAGUGUCAGCAUUGCAGUUCUUUGAUUGGCUUAAAUUUUCAGAUCCUGAACUUUGCCGUGAUCCUGAUAUAGCUAGCUUGUUUGUUAGUAAUUGUGGGUUGUUAGGGAAUUAUGAGACAAUGGUUCCCAUUUUGAGUGAAUUUAGCCUCAAAAGGGUGUUUUUGGGAAUGAAGGCAUUUGGGUUCUUGCUGGAUUUAGGCUUGGACAAUGGUUCUAGUAUGGAAUGUGUGAGGAGAGUUAUGGCUGUGUUCAAUGAGGUUGGUGGGAUGUGUCAAAGUUGUGGAGUUCAGUUGUUGAUAGAGAUGUUUGGUCUUUCAGGUUCUUUCGAGACGGCUGAGUUUGUGAUUAGAACAGCCGGGAGGAAGGUGAAGCACUAUAAUGUCUUGAUGAGGAUUAUGUGCAAGAGAGGUGAUUGUGAAAGAGUGGCGAAUUUGGUUAAGGAGAUGAAGAGAAGUGGUUGUGAUGUGGAUGCAAGUUCUUAUAAUUUGUUACUCAGUUGUCUAUGCAAGAAUGGUAAAAUUGAUGAGGCUUGGCAAGUGCUUGAAGCUAUGGAGAAAAACUAUGGUUUAACUGAUGCACAUAGCUUUGAUAUUCUAAUUAGCUUUCUAUGUAAGCGUCGUCGGUUUGAUUUGGUUUCAAAGCUUCUUGAUAAGAUGACUUUGAAGGGUAUUGAGCCUAGUAUUUUAACUCAUGCUGUGGUUAUAAAGUCUUAUUUUGAAUCUGGAAAGUUUGAGGAAGCACAUGAGUAUGUUGUUGAUUAUGCUGGUAAGAGGAGCUAUUCCAGCAAUGCAAACUACAGCUUGCUUGCUAAUCUUCAUUUGAAGAAUGGAAAUGUGCUGCUUGCUUGUAAGGUUCUUUCUGAGAUGAUGGACAAGGGUCUUAAACCUAAUUUCUCAGCAUAUAAAAGGAUAAUGCAGCAUCUUGAGAAGAAAGAUGGAAAAGAUUUGUCUUUGGAAUUAUCAAGAAAAUACUUGAGCUUCAUUGAAAAAUGAAGGUGCUGGAUUUUGUUUCACAAGAUGAUGUAAUGUCAUUCACUGUUUUGCUCAAUAGUCGCUCUUCAUACUGUGCAGUUCGGCUAAUGAUAUUUGCUUCCUCAGUUUUUUUCCUGGUGUUCAGAAACUCACCUCAAGUGGUUUGAACAUGUGAGAAGAAGAACAGAGGGUCCUCAAAUGAGUAAAGUAAAUGGAAUCAAAUGAAAGAUAUUCCGGCUAAAAUGGAUAAAGGGUGGUUGAAGAAAACGUUGGAAGAAACCGCUGAAAAGUCCUUGCUUUAAAGUAUUUAAGUGAAAAUGAAGCUCUAUGGUGUUCUAAGAGAACUUGGUUGUUGCUGACAAGUGGGGAGAAGUGUAUGUUAACCUGGGCUGUGCAUCCCCCCCUCCCUAAUAUAUCCAAAACAAAUUUUCAUGUAUUAUUUAUUUUUGUAUAAUAACAGAAAUAGUGAAGCUUAGUCUCCCUAAACAAAGUGUGGUAUGUUGCCUUUGGCCCCCUGAUGCUAAAUUCUUUAGCCUUGCCCUUUGUUAUUCAUAUUUUUUUUUUUGUAUAUUUUAGUAGCCUAUUAUCUUGGAGGAGGGAUUCAUUUACUCAAGAAGUAGCUCUUUAGAGUUACUCCGCAUCCUCACCCUUUAUUUUAUUUAAAUCUAAUGGUGUAUAAUGAAUUACUAAAAAGGGUCACGUGAGAACUUUUCAUGAGUUACUGAAAAGACUUACGUGAGAGCUUCUCUUAUAAAGUUACCCGCUAGACCGUCUUGCUUUCUUUA